CCUCUCUCCCUCCGGUCGGAGUCGGGGAAGCAGCACCCUCUACGUCGUCCCGUACCUUACUCGCUCCUUCCGCUGUCCCUCCUUCCGUCUUUCCUUCUCUCUCUCUCUAUUUCCUUACUUCGCUCUUCGAUCUUCGUCAUGUCAUCGCCGCAGACCGCUCAGUCGACGCAUAAAUCCACCUCUGCUCCUGAUGUCAAGGCACUGAACCAACAGAAGAAACAACCGCCGCCACCUCCGCCACAGAACAUCAAGAACAAGAAAGAGGCAAACCAGGUCGUGAAACCCCUCCCAGACAACGACCCAAGGACGCAGCCGCUCCCCAAGAAUGUUGCUCGCAGAUCGAGCAAGCCCAUCAUCAACUGGUUCCAGCGCAAGCUGGCAGGAACUGUACGCGCGAGGCGGAUUUCUGAUCCUGACAGACCUUCGUCCAGGCCCGUUGUCGUCCGUGAACCCAGCUGGCGCGAGAAGCCUCGAAGGGCUUCUGCGCCGCAACAUCCGUCUGACCCGCCGCUCUCAGUGAGGAUACGGAGCAAAACCGAGUCGAAGCACGGUAGGAAGAUCUCUACCGUCAGCUCAAUUCCCUCUCGCAGGCCGGCCUCGCUGGACGGUUACAGUGCGGUGGAGAGCACAGCGGGCCUUACCACCGACUCUGAUGACGGCCGUCGUUCCUCUUUCGCCCGCUCUUCCCUGUGGUCGCCGACGAGUCAUCUUGAGGCGGAUGAAGAUGCAUCUAUGCGACCAUUGCCGCCUACGUCCCCUCCCUCGCCCUCUCCCUCGCAUUCGUCGUCCUCGUACAUGUCGGACCCGCGUACCUUCCGAAGCAUGACCGCGAGUACUAAGCCGACGACCCUGCUCAGCGUGGAUCUUACGGGAGGCAUGGCCCACAUCGCACAAGCGCCGCCUACCCCGACCACACCUUCUCGCCUGCAGGCGCACCUCCGUUCGCAGUCACCUGGUCCAGGUUCCGGAGGUGCCAUCACAUUCUCUGCAAUCCCUCCCGUCUCGUCUGGCUCGCCAUCGCCAAGCGCGUCUGCUGCCCAGAAUGAACAGUACGCAUUGCACGCACCGCAGCACACGGCCCAUCACCCGCGGAACAAUCCGCGCCCGUCGUCGCCGCCUCAGGAUGAUGCAUCCGUGCUCACCCUCGCGUCGUCGGCUUUCGGCAUGCCUGGUGCGCGGAUAGGCAUGAGGGCCCUCUCGCUCUCCGGAGGCGUAUCGGUUGCGGACGAUUCCAUCUCCCACCUGAGCCACGGUGUCGGCGCGGGAGGCGACUCUACUAGCCAUUUCCUGCUGGGCGAGUUGGACGACCUGCUGGAGAAGGAAUACCAGGAUGUGGACGCGAGCGUGCGCGCGCUGCGGCCGCGCAGCUCGAGGCGAGGUAGUUGGGCGAGCGAAGAUAGCAAAUGGAGUGCGAGCGCGAGCCUGGCUCUGACCGGCGUGACGGGCUUAACGAGCCUGUGGACAAACGGCAGCUACAGGACCGGCGGAGUCAGCGUUGAUGUCAGCGUGAGCAAUGACCAUGGGGACGACGAAACGGACGGGAACGGCGAGGAGACAGAGGGCGAGGAGACUAGUCUGGAUGAAAGGGUGUCGGUUCCCGAUGUCCGCUCGUUGUCGACUUCAGUACGGGAGAUCCGCUCCGUGUCAACGCAUCUGGCGGCGGACGAUGUCUCUAGCGUUGCCAGCCCUCACUUCUCCGUGCGCACGGAUGAUGCGUCGACGCUGCCGGCGACACCCAUCGACGCGCUUGGCCAGCAGGCAGAUGCGCUAUCGACCGAGGCCGGCGGGUCGUCUGAACCGAGCAAGAGUGCGAUGGCUACGCCCAAACCAGGACCGAUCUCCCUGCAGGCGCACGACGCCAUGCCUGACAUCUCUGCGACCAUCAGGUCGCUGGGUGCUGUCAAGUACCAGGAGAAAACCGAGCGUGAUAGUGCUGCAGAUUCAGCCAGUGUUACCACCGCGGACUACGAGACGGAUAACUUCGAGACUCCGAUGACCACGCCUUUGCCUCAACCGGAGUAACCCGACGCUCGCGUCCGCCAUGUUUCUCUCUCAUAUUGAUUUGGUGUGAUAUUCACGGCAUGUUUCCUGCGCUCAAUGCUGGUCUACGCUCAGCAGUGCUACCCCUGUUUUGCCUUGGUGUAUUUAGUCAGUCUUGACCAUACAUCUCUGCUAAUUGUCUCCUGUCUAGCCCCUGGAUACAUGUAAAUACCCUGUACUCCUAGCUCUAUCUCAUGUGUAUUCUUCUGCUCGCCAUGGACACUGUUCGCUAUUCAUUUCUCACUUUGGCGCGCGCGGUGGUAUGAGUCACGUGUGCGUGUAGCGCGAAGGAGCGCGCCUGCCGAG